GUCCUGGCAGAGGCAGGUUCCUGCUGGCGUUUUCUGUGAGUCUUGUGGCCUGGUGGUGCCAAGCGCAGGGAUGGGCCCCAGAGGAGGAUCACAGUCUCCAGAUCCCUAAGGGAUGGAGCCAUGUGGGACGGGUCGCCCCCUCGGAUGAGCUCGUGUUGAUCUUUGCCCUCAGGCAGCAGAACGUGGAGCAGCUGGCGAAGCUGGUGGGGAGAGUCUCGGACCUCGAUUCACCUCAGUAUGGCAAGUACCUGUCAUUGGAGGAGCUACGCAUGCUUGUCCAGCCAUCUCGCCUCACGCUCAGCACUGUGCACAAGUGGCUGGUGGCCUAUGGCAUCAAGGGCUGCAAGACCAUUAGCACCAUGGACUUCCUAGAGUGCGUGAUGCCAGCUUGCAUGGCUGAGCGCCUCCUGCCAGGAGCCCAGUUCCAUCGCUAUGUGAGCGGCCAGCGUAGUGCUGUGCGCUCCCCGGUCCCCUACAGCCUCCCCGAGGAGCUGGCCGAGCAUAUCGACUUUGUGGGGGGGCUGCAUCGGUUCCCUGCGCAGAGUAUGGUGGUGAACACCCCCUUGGGGAAGCAGGACAUGGCAGCACGGGACCAGCACGGGAGGGCAGCGUUCCAUCUGGGCGUCACGCCUUCUGUCAUUCGCCAGAGAUACAACCUGACGGAGCGGGACGUUGGAGCAUCGCCCAAUAACAGCCAGGCCUGUGCCCAGUUCCUAGAGCAGUAUUUUCACCCUGCGGACCUGGCUGAGUUCAUGCAGCUCUUCGCAAGGAGCUUUGGGCACCGCUCCCAGGUGGACCAGGUGGUCGGGCACCAAGGGUCGGGAAAGGCGGGGCUAGAGGCCAGUCUGGAUGUGGAGUACAUCAUGAGCUCAGGUGCCAACAUCUCCACCUGGGUCUUCAGCAAUGCAGGUAUUCUCCCCACCCCGAUAUAGGCCUUCCCGUGUCCCCCUGACCCU